AUCAAGAGAAAAUUAUGGCGAAAGUGACGACAUGGUGACUAUAAGCGCGAAAUUUCAGGUUAGUGAAUUAAAUAAUUUGAUCGCUGAUAAAAAAUCCUGCGUUAAGCGUAGUGUAAAAUGUAAUCGAAAAUUAUAUUUAAAACCCUGCCAAUUAACGGAUCUCAAGGAAUCAGUAAAGGAAUGUUUGGACUCUGAAAUCACGACUUAUGACGAUGGAUUGGAUGGUAUUAUUUUGAGCUUCAAAAACAUCCAAGUGUACACUCUUGCUGAAGAUAUCCCAGGAAUCCCUGAAAUACCAGUCAACUAUACCGCAGAUGUUUAUGUUUUUAAACCCAAAGUUGGAAGUAUACUUACUGGAAUUGUGAACAAAAAGAGUGAAGACCAUAUUGGGUGCCUUGUCCAUAAAUUGUUCAAUGUUACUAUUCCACGACCAACAACAAUUGCUGCCGAUGAAUGGGACGGAGCUGAUCUGAGCAUUGGUGACAACGUGACCUUCAGCAUUGACAAAGUUGACUUGACUGGUCACCUGCCAUAUAUUAAAGGAUCUAUCAACCAAAGCUAACAACUACUAGGAAAGUAUUCACCAAAAAGUCUGCGAAAAAUAAAAUUAAUUUAACAAUGAAGAAAAAAUCCUCUGAGGACAGGGAGGGAAGCACCAUAUCCUUAAACAC